GGGCAUCGGCUGUCAGCUGGGCCGUCAACAGGUUGAUGUUUCGUCUAUUCUGAAACUUAAUUUUUAACAGGAAUAUUUGACCAGGGACUUGCACGCACAGUUGUACAUCGAUAUACAUGUGUACGUAUUCCACUUUCAAUGAUAUUGUAAAAAGGAUAUAACGAACCCAAACGAGGAAGUCUAAACUUAACUAUUAACGAACCAUUAAGCUCCCGGUGAUAACGACGACUACACAAUGUAUUUUAAUUUUACAGAAUAGAGUUAACUUUUACAAACAGGACAUGAAGAUUAUCAGGACCAGUAAGAUAUAGUGGGUGUCCCGGAUUUCCAUGUCAGAUAAUGAUCGAAAUCAGAUUACCAAUGUAACAGAAACCAACGUAUAUAACACGACAUCUAUUGUUACUGUAUAUAAACCUGUUUUUCUUCCAAAUCUUGGAAGUGAAACGUGUAUACACGUCGUUUUUACUAUGUCACGGUUGAGUGGUCACGGGUCCAAAGAAGCGCAGACGUCAAGGCUUGAGUGUUUUUCCGCUUGACUGACAAUUUACAUACAUAUCACAUACAUACUUCCUGUCAUCCUCCAGUCUGCUGCCCACUCGGAACUCCGCUCCCAACGACCGAUCUCCGGGAUCAAUUGUUAUACGACCAGGUAUAGUAAGGGCCGUUUUACUCCGGGAAGGUUACACAGCGGCUGGCGGUAGUCUGGAGCCGAGUCGCGCGUGCUAUUGACUGACUCUGGUCCUUGCUGCUGAUAGAGAACAGAUUGAUGCUGCUCUGUGGAUUAAUAUUAAUCUCUAUAUUUAGUGACCGGGCUGUCAAAUAUUAACAAUGGUUGUCUGGAUCUCAAUAAUACUCCUGGCAGUCGUGGUCAGUUUGUUUGUGCAGUUUCUGUGGGGAGGGGAUCCUUCCAACUAUCCCCCGGGCCCUUUCGCAUGGCCCCUAGUGGGAAAUCUCUUCAGCAUUGCAGGAGGGGAUGGAUUCUACUCCAAAAUCCUCGGACUACGCAGUCGCCACGGCGAUGUAUUCCGUCUCCGUCUCGGAGAGAUGUCAAUGAUUGUUGUGUUUGGGCUUCAGAAUGUUCGUCAAGUAUUGGUGGAGAAAGGCGACCUCUUCAAAAAUCGACCUAACUGGCUUUACAUUCCAGCCAACGUAAUCAAAAACAGGGGAUUAUUUUGGACCAAUGGAAACUUAUGGCACAAGCUAUCCAGUCUGUUGAUCACCACACAGUCGGAUGAUGCUAGACAACACCACCUAGAAAAACAAAUUCUGACAGAACUGACAGAGACAUGUAACGAAAUAAAACUCAAACAAGGGGCAGAAUUGGCCCCAGAGAGUAUGAUGACGAGAUCGGUGUUUAAUAUAACCGCCAGCAUAGCCCUCGGUAAACGGUUUGACCACUCUGACCCGGAGUUCCUGGCUCUAAAGGAAAACAUCUUGUUCUUACUGGCUAACUGCAAAUCAGCAAGUCCGGUCAACAUGUUCCCCAUCUUUGCCAGACUGGCCAGUUCAAAGUUUGAACAGGUACAGAUGAGAGAGGAACAAAUCUUCGAUUUCUUCAAAAAAAAAUUAGCAGAACAUGCUGAGAGAUUUGACGUGAACAAAUGCUCGGACUAUAUGGACGUAUUCUUGGGCCUGAGUGCAGAGGAACGCCAACAGGAGGAGUACUCUGAGCCAAAUUUUUUCCGCAGUAUCAUAGACUUGUUUUUAGGUGGGGCAGACACUACCACAUCAAUGUUGUUAUGGCAACUGGUUUAUAUGUCCAAGUACCAGGAUGUCCAGAGACGAUGCCAAGAGGAAAUAGAUCAGGUCAUAGGAAAAGACCGACAGGUCACGGUGGAUGACAGAGCCAGUCUGCCUUAUACUGAUGCAACAUUGAAAGAGUUAGGACGAUCAGCAGGAACUAUUGUUAACACAGCAUUACGUACAAACACAGAGGAGACCAUGAUUGGAGAAUUCAAAAUUCCAAAAGAUUCCAUCAUUGUUUGUGACCUUCGUCAACCUCAUAUUGAUGAGGAAUUCUGGGAAGAGCCUGCCAGAUUUCAUCCAGACAGAUUUUUAGUAUCGACCAAAGACAAACCUUACCAUAUGUAUGGAAUGGGUCCACGCCAGUGUGUGGCUAAAGUGGCUGCAGAAUCCUUACUGUUUAUCUUCCUUUCCAACAUGCUACAAACAUUUCGCAUCACAGCUACAGGGGACCCCCAGCAAACAGAUGUGUCUCUCGAUAGCUUUUAUACAGGUGUCUCGCUCAGACCAAAACUUGAAACGUUCAAUUUCUCACCGAGGAUUUAGAAGAAAUACAAAGGCGUACAAAGUCAAUAGGAGAAAGGCUAGAGUGACAGUCGUGUGUUGUUCAUAGAUGAAGGACAGAGGUCAGAAACAUAAGUACAAAGGUCAAUAGGACAAAGGUCAAUGGGACAGACGUGUAUUGAUUGUUAAUAGAUGGACAGAGGUCAGAGACAAAGGUACAAAUGUCAAUGGGACAAAGGCAAGAGUGACAGACAUGUAUUAUUUGUUCAUACAUGGACAAGGUUAGCAUCAUAAGUACAAAGGUCAAUAGGACAAAGGUCCAUGAGACAAAGGUCAAUGGGACAAAGUUCAAUGGAACAAAGGUCAAGAACCAUACAGCUGAUACUGAUAAAUGGUACCUAUGUCAAUGGACUCGGUAACAAAGAAAAUAACAAGUUCUAGAAGUAAGGCGAAUGGUCCUCAAAGGCCGAUGGGAAGAGACAACCUAACACAGGAAAGGUGAUAUGUAUAUAUACAGCCAGUUUAAACUGUACUUACCGAGGUACAUUUACACUGAGUUUCUGUAGCUGACUCGUCUCCUUUGUGUGAAGUUGUCGCACACUAAAAUCAGAUAAUAGUGACCUAUAUUUUGGUCCAAUGAAAUCCACAUUAAGGUCAUGGUUUCUUCAUUUUAUGUGCAUAAAACUAGGUCAAAGUGAUCACCAACUAAAACUGGGUCAUGGUGACCACCAAUCAAAACUAGAUUGAAGGGAAAAAAUCAAGUUUUUGUUUAUAUGUAAAAUUCUCCUGGCCAACCAACAUGGUAUUCCUUUAUUUUUUAUGGUAUCCCUUUACCAGUUACUGGUAUAUAAGCUGGUUGAUACCUGGAACCGUCCAAAAACAUCAAAACAGUAUUAACAAUCAAAUAAUUUGAGUAUGGAAGAGAUGUACAUUGGAAGUCAGACUCAGAAUUGUACAGAUUUGGGAAAGAAUCUGAUAUCAUGGAACCGGUUGUAGAAUGUCUCAGAAAUCCUUGUAUCCUAAACAGUAGUUAGCUAUGGAACCUGUAUGUAAAGUAUUAUGUAUAAGAAAAUUUAUUGAUCUUUUACUGAAUACUGUAUAAACGAAAUAUUCUUGUGUACUUUCUUUUUGUGGUUUGGAGAUUUCUAGUAAGUUUGUUGUAUUUAUAUUUGUGGUUCCUUAGCAACCAUGAAUACAAUGAAAGUUUCUACACAAGAAGGGUUUCUUGUUAUACAGUAUAAUUGUACAGUAUCUUUUGUAUGUACAAUGUAUAUCAAAAUUUUGUUUUAUAAAGUUAUGUCUGAUUAUCUUACCUUGAUUUUAUAAAGUUAUCUGUCUGAAUAUCUUA